CAAAAUUUCAACUGCCUCAUUAUAAAUUACUUUUUGUGGAGCUUCUUCAAUGUUAAAUAAUUACAAGGUGCUGCCUAAAAUUAUGAAAUAAGAAUAAUACCUUCAACAAAUCAAGUACUAUGUUGCAUAACAAGUAUCUACAAAUUUAAUGAAAUGGUUUCCUCAGGUGAUGGAAACUAGACUGCAAUGUUAAUGGUAGUGAGGAAAAAAAUUCAUAAUAAAUAAAUAAUGGGAAGAUAAAUAGAUUGAAUAUAUUGAUUAAUAAAGAUGCAGGAUGGUCAGUAGAGAGUAUUAAAAGUAUGUGAGGGAGGAGGAACUUUAUUUUUCAGAUUAAGCUAUAAUUAGAGAGAUGGUGCAUAGGGUAAUUCUUGUCACUAUUUAUCAUUUGGCCUAAUAUGAAAUCUCAUUGAUUGUAUUCUGACUAUUCUCCUUGUUUCUACAUAUAGCUUUUGGUUUAUUUAUGCUUUAUUAUCACUUAUAUAGUUACACGGUUGCAGGGAUUAAGAGAAUUUUACGUCUUGUGAUUUCAAAAGGUGCCAAAGUAGACGCAAUUUCUAAUCAUGGCACGCCAUUACAUAAUGCGGCAGCUCACGGCAACAAAGAAUCUGUCAGAAUUUUGUUAGAAAACCAUGCCAACCCAAAUGUAAUUUUCCACGAUCAUGUACCUCCUUUGGUGAUGGCUAUCCAUGCAAAUUCAACCGAGUGUGUUGAAUUUGAACUUUUGCUUCGGGCAGGAGCUGAUCCAAACAUAAGAAAGCAUGGAGUGACACCUCUAGAAAGUGCUGCUUCCGAAGGGUUUACGGAAAUUUUCAAAUGCUUGUUGAAUGCUGGAGCUGAUCCCAAUGUUACCAGUUUUUAUGGAUUGACACCAAUAGAAAUUGCAGCAUUGCAAUGUAAUUAUCAGAGUGUCGUGAUUCUCUUUCCAGUUACCUUUCAUAUUCCAGCUAUUCCAGACUGGAGUACAGGUGGAAUAAUGAAGUAA